AUGCUAAUGAACCUACUAGGAUUGGCAGUUAAGAUCCACCUUUUGACCUCAUCUACCCAGAUUUCACAGUCCACGGUAUCCAGUGUGAAUAUUUACUUCGUUCAACAGCCUAUUCGCAAAUGGUUUUACACUUUACCCUGUGAUGCUGGGAGCUUAAAAAUACGGCUGGUCAGAAUCCUUGCUUCUGUUUCAAGAUUGUCUGGGACCAGUAACGGUUGUCGAUGUGGUCUGAUUAUUAUUAAAAAGUCAACCAAGCCCGGUACUUAUACCAUAUACAAUAUUUUGUCACCAUUUGGUUUUGGUUUCAUCAUUUCAUGUCGCAUUUCACCUUAUACACAUUCGACUUUGGAAUACAAUCGUCGAAAUGACGAGAUUGAUCCGCUUGCAGCUUCGGCUGAGUAUGAGUUAGAAAAGCAUUUAGAAGAAAUGGAAUUUGUCAAUGUGGAUUUAAAAAAGGGUCCUCAGGGAUUGGGAAUUAGUAUUUUGGGUCUGGGUGUGGACAAUGUUGGCGGUCAUCAGAAAUUGGGAAUCUUUAUCAAAGCGCUCACUCCCGGAGGUGCAGCUGAAGCUGAUGGAAGUUCAGCGUUUCUGAUAGCCGUCACUACUAGCUCGCUGAUGUCAGUUUAUCAGUUGAUUGCAAUAGUGACUUUUUACUAA